CACAAAUGAACUGUCUACUUUCUGUCAAAGUUUAAGCCAACUUGGACAAAAUUAAUUUUUAUAAAUUUUUUACAUAAAAAUUUAUGACCACCAUGGCUAUUGUACGGCCAGAUGUUGUUCAUUUACCUGGUGCAAUCCCCGUACAAUUUGCUUGUACAUGCGGUCAGCUAAAACCAAUAACACGAAUUUAUUUUUGUCGACAUUGCUUGAAAUUACGAUGUGGGUUUUGUGUUUGUCACGAAAUCGAUUCAAUUUACUGUCCAAAUUGUUCGGAAAAUAUGCCUUCACAAGAGGCACGUUUCAAAAAGAACAAGUGCUCAAAUUGUUUUGAAUGUCCGGUUUGUAAUCAUACUUUGUCUACUCGAGCAACUCCAGCUCCUCAACGUAAUCCUGAUGAUAAAACUUCUCCGAGGAAGGUUUAUUAUCUAGCUUGUUUAUCGUGUAGAUGGACUUCUAGAGAUGUUGGUAUUCCGGAUCAAUUAGUUCCGUCUGGAAAUUGGCCAGAACGUGAAAAUGUCCACGCAACACGUUUAACUUUAAUUCAAGAACGUUAUCGUAAUCUUGUACUAUGGGAGAAACAUGAAAAACAAGAUAAACAACGAAAGAAGUACAGUCCACGUGGAAAAUACACCAAUUUAACGGAUAAAAUUGGAAUAACUACUGCAAUUGCAAGGAAACGUGCUGGUUUACCAGAAUUACCUUCUGUUAAACCAACUAUCAAACAAUUAGAACCAGCAAUUGCAAAAGAAGAAGUUGAACCAUUAUCAUCAGAUAUAUUCACGAAAGUAUUAAACUUAAAUGAUAUUACAACAUUACCACAACGGUUACUACAACCCGAACAACAGCCGGCUACUGUUGAUAAAUUGUUUCCGAAUCAUAAAUCAACAUUGGUGAAACGCUCACAACGGUGUCGUAAUUGUGAGCAUAAUGUUAGCAAACCAGAAUAUAAUCCAAAUUCGAUUAAAUUCAAAAUUCAUUUACUCGCUUGCUAUCACGUACCCGAUGUACGUUUAUUUACCGUUGAACCUCUUCGUGCUGGUCGGCAAUGCGAAAUGAUUUUGAAAUUUUGUAAUCCAACGCAACAUCAAACGACAAUUACAUUUUUACCGUUACCAACACCGGAAGAGGAGCGCAUGGAAAUUGAAAAGCAAAUUGAAGAAGCUUUGGAAGUUGUUGAGAAGCGAGAUGCCCCAAGAUCAUUAGGCCGAGAAAGUAUAUUAACAUCAUUUACGAAACAAGUUUCUUUACCCGAAGAUCCAAGACCUGUUGGUAUAAAAGUUAAUUGCAAUAUUAAUUUACCAUCAACUUCUGUUAUUUUACCACCGAAAGAUGAGGCAGCUGAAUAUGAUGAUGGAGGUGAUGUACAAAAUUAUCAAGAUGAUCCCAAUGUGGUAUUAUGGCGUAAAUUUAAUAAAGUUACAGUAAAAAUGCAGAUUACACCACAUGAAGAUUUAGAAAUUGGUACAGAAGUAAUUGUCGGAUUCACAAUGCAACAUACUUACAUGAAUACAAUUACAACUGAAAAUAAAGAACCAAAGAAGAUUAAUCAUUGUGCUAAAAUUUAUAUAAAAGCUGGUCAUUUAGUUGGUUCGGAAUAAUUAAUUUGUAUUCAAUUAUUAUAAAAUCGUUAUAAAGUAAGAACGAUUUAUAAACGGCUUUAAUUUAUCCAUAUUUUCGAAGAGAAAAACAUUCCGAUUUAACCUUACUAUAAUAAGCCUUAUCAAAAUGAAGUAAG